AUGCUGUCAAAACUACGUCUGUUUAUUUGCGCGCUGACAACGAUAGCGGUAGUUUUCCAAGUCCUUCCAGUGAUUUCGAUGCCUCUGGUGACUAGCAUCCAUUUGUCGCGCUACAAUGGGAGGCUAUUUGGUGUUUUUGGGUGGUGCACCGUGUCCACCGGCGUAUGUACCCCGCCACGGAUCGGGUAUUCGAUGCAAUGUGCAACAGCAGGAACCUCGAGUGCAGACGUCAUGGCAGACUCCGGCUGCGAUUCGAAGGAUUUCGCAGGCGAUUUUUUGCCGUCGCGUGCCAAAAGGGCCAUUUCCAAGCUUCUGGUAGUCCAUCCAAUGUCGCUGUUUUUCGCUGCGACGCUGUGGCUCAUGACAGUGGCACUCAACACUCAAAAGUUCGCCCGUUCGCGUAGAGCUCUAGUGUGUGCCGUGCUAUGGUCACUACCCACGGUCUUCCUGUCGUUGCUCAGUUUUCUGGUCGACGUGCUUUUGUUUAUUCCCUUUCUUGCCUGGCCGGGGUGGUUACUUCUUGUCAGCACCGUGCUGAUAGCUGUCGCAUCGUGUAUCAUGUGCGGCGUGCGCAGAUCUGUGUCCCUGCAGAAAUACGAGAGACUUCGGAACAAAGAUGUCAUCGAGUUCUUCCCGAUGCAGUCCGACAAAUUGCAGUCUGAAGAGUCUCAAACCCAGCAGGAACUGCCACUGGAAAGACCAGAUCGAGUCCACCGCCCCGGUUAG